GCAGCCCAGCCUUGACUGCAGCCGCCCCAGCUCGGGACGCCGGCUGCCGGACCCGCCAGCGACGUGCGCCUCGGGGAGGCGGCCUGUGAGUGUGGCUGGAGCAAGGUCAUUGCUGCCCUGAAAGAGUACAGCCUGGAUCCAGUACUUCAGGUCUCUGGGCUAUCCAGACUCUGGUUCCUGACCUUCCAGGCAAUAUCAGGUUGGACGGCAUUUGGAAUUGGGAUGAAACAGUAAGAGGCUACAUUCAUGGAUAACCAACAAGAUAAAGCUAUUGCUGCCUCAGCCAAUGGAGAAAACAGUCUGAUUAAUGGGGUCAAAGAAAAUGACUCAGAGGACCAGGAUGUGACAAUGAAGUCAUUUGCAGCUCUAGAAGCUACUACACCAAUCCAACCUAUCCCAGUGGCACAAAAAGAGCCCUCGAUGUUUCCUAGGGGUCUCCCACCUCUGCCAUCUAAGAAGCCGUGUGUGCAGAGCCCUCCAUCUCCUCUGGGCCUGAUCGAAGCACCUGAUCAUUCUGCUAAUAGUGCUUCCGUGAAUGCUAUCUCCCUCACAUCUGGAGUUGCAAAAGGCCUGAAUACAUGGUCACUGCCCAGCGAGUGUGAGAAGGCUCCCUUGGCUGUAAUGGGGCCUGCAGGCAUGUCAGCUCUGAACGGAGACUGCCUCAUGCAGCCAAGCCGGACUUGCUUAGGUUGCUUCAUGGAGUCAAAAGAAGCAGUAGACCCUGAACCAGGGAUCAGUCUGAAAGUCAGUGAUCUAAACAGAGAUUACGAAACAUGUGCAGUCUCUGAUAUAGGGAUCCAGUGCAUUAAUGCUGGGGAAAAUAUAAAAUAUGGAGAGCAGCUGCUUUCAGACCAGCUAUUAGGCUUCCCUCUGCAUAAAUCAAGAGCAGGAGAUAGACGAGAAACUGAAAAACCUGACAUUGACUUGGAAGAUCCAACUCAGAAAAGUUAUUAUGAGGCAUUACUGUUAGAUAAGUGCAAUACCGAAGAAGCUUUACUGGCAAAUUCCAAUCAGGAUUGGGGUUACUUUGAGACUUUUAUUAGUGAGAGUAAGAUUGAACUACUUGACCUCUGCUCCAAGAAUGAACUGUCUGUUAACCUUUUCUCUGAAGAAGAUGUGGAUAACUAUAUGUUCGAUGAUGAUGAGUCAACACUAGGCAGUGAUGUCUGCUCCCUCAAAAUUCGAUAUGAGUCAUUUCAGGACAAUGUUCGAGACAAGACCACCCUUCUGAUGCAGGAAGAUGCCCAAUUCAAUUUUUUCCCCAGUGUCUUUACUACAUGUCCCAAGAGAGAAUCUAAGAGUGGAAUCCUCAAGCAGAGCAGUGAUCUUUCUCAAUUCAAGGUCCCUGAUGUGAGCAUCAUCUGGGGAGAGGAAGAUAAAAACUUGGACAAGAAGAAAGGCAAAGAGGAAAUACAUGAAGACAAAAGUGUAGAGAAAAAAGAUGAAAAAGAUAAUGAAGAAAAGCCUGAAUUAAAUAAUAAACCAUGUAGUGGGCUUGAGGUAGAGCAAUUUAAGAACCUAAAGCCGGACCAUCUUACUAAUUCCCUGGAGACAUCAGGGAAUUUCAGUGAUGACAGUUCCUUCAUUGAGGUCUCAUAUGACGCCAUGGGGGAGAUCAAGGACUGUAGCCGCUAUAUGGCUCGGGACACUAAUUCUGGAAGCUCAUCCUCCCAGCAGAACUAUGGGCUGAGAGCCAAGAGAAAGGUCAGAUACAGUGAAGAUUAUCUAUAUGAUGUUGACUCACUAGAAGGGGAAAAAGUAAAUGAGAGGAAGGAAUGGCCUCCAGGUGGUUCCAAAGAAGAAGAUGACGAUGAAUGGUGUCCCAAGAAGAGAAGAAAAGUAACCCGUAAGGAGCCUCCUGUUAUUAUCAAAUAUAUCAUUAUCAAUCGCUUUAAAGGUGAGAAGAACAUGCUGGUGAAGCUUAGUAAGGUAGAUGCCAGUGAGACAACAGUAAAUCUGAGUGAGAAUCAGCUCAGUAAGUAUGCCAAGUUAUCACCGUUGAAGGGCUUUUGGCAAAAGAAGAAAAAGCAGAGAAACAGCAACACAGACUCCAUCAAAACACCCUUAUGCCAAAAGCAAAGUUUUGAACCAGGAAGCUUUGAGAUGUCAUUCCUGCCGCCUGCUCGUAAACGAAAAUCUAAGCUUGGCAAUAGACACAGGAUUCAAAGGAUCCAAUCCAUGGAAACUUCAGCAAGUAGUAAGCAGGUGCCACUCUGCAGUGAUCAGAGACAAGCUAGUAAUCGCAAAGAAGAAGGCAGCUUAAAAGGUACAUCAAAGUCAGCACCUCUUGCUGCUCCAAGCUGUGCCAGUGGAUCACAUUUACGUGGCAUCAUAGUCCCUGACUCAGUGAAAGUCAAAACCCAAGACACAGAGUUUAAGGGGCCAGAGAGGAAAGUGCUCAACAAAAUUAAAUUUAAAAGUGAAGCUAGAUUAAAAUCCAAAAAAAUCAAAACUGGACAAGAGAACAAACCAGUUCAAAUGAGCCCUGUCUUAGAAGACCAAUCCUCCAAGGCGAAUUUAAAAAAUGAAGUCAUUCCUGGAACCUCAAACAAUUCCCAUCUGUCUGAAUUUCACGAGACAAAGGUGGUUAAGAAUUCCACUUUCUUGCCAACCACCUGCUCUUCUGAAAUGCCUUUAUCUUCAGCUAAUGUUGCCACGAAUAUACCUGUUAUCCCUGGAGGGUAUUUACAAACACUGUUAGAUGCUUCUGACUUGUCAAAUAAUACUAGUAUCUCAUACUUCACCAACAAUUCUGCAGAGCAAAAUGAAGGCAGCCUUGCUCAAACAGAAAAAUCAUUUGUCCCUCUCCAGUCUGCUCAGGACUGCGUGCUGUCCUCAUCUUCAGAGUCUGAGCUGCAACCGUCGUCUCAUACCUUCAAACUGGAAGCAAGCAACUAUGGAAGUAUGUGGUCCAACAAGGCUACAUCUGGCCCCCAAGAGUUCAUGACUGAAGUCUCAAGGGAGAUAGCCACAAAUCAAUCUAGUGAAUUCGAAGCCUCCCAAAUAGUCUCCAUGGAGAAUAACCUCACAGCUAUAACAUACAGUCCUGUCUGCCUCAGUAGUGGUUGCAACAAGGUUCUUUAUGCCUGUGUGCAGGACACCCAUCUCCCAUCUGAUGACUCUUACCAGUUGUGUCACUUUAGUAAUGGAGAGAUCUGCUUUCCUUUCCAGCAGACUCCAGUCAGUGCAGAUGAUGACGGCCGGCUCUUUAGCUUUGAUUCGAUGACUCCCCUUUCUGUCAGUUCAAGCAAUUAUUGUUCCUUAAGCUUGAAAUCCUGUGAAAAGGAUGGUGAUGAUGAUAUCACCGAUGACUUCUUGGCCCACUGCAGCCCCAAACUGGUGAUCCAGCAGAGCAUUGAUGAGAUAGCACCACUUAAAGAGUCCACUGACCUCCUCGAUAUCUCCAACUUCACUCCUGACAAGUUCCGCCACUCUUCCCUCUCAGAAAUGUCUCCACCGGACACACCCAGUCUUUCUCCUCAGAGUACCAGAUGUGAGAAUAUCAAAACAAUGAAAGGAUUCCAAGAGGGUGUCCCAGGAUCAUUGGGCAGCAUGGAGAAAGUCAAGUGGGACUGUAGUACCCUUUCACAACAGGUCCAAGCAGAUGAUGGCUUUACAUUAAAUAACCAUCAGUUUCAGUUCCAUAUGUUCAAUGAUGAGGACUCUGUUGGCCUGCUCCAAAAAAACCCUUGCCUGACAACAUUUGAUGAGUCAGCUGGGCAAAUUAGUACCAACAACAAAGUGUCAAAAUCAAGAAAGAAAAUUUCACCUGGCAAGAGUGGGGCUGUGAGCCAAAGUUCUUCUCAGAAAAACACCAGGAAAAAGUCCCCAAAAGCCAGCAACAAAGGGGUUGAAAAGCCACCUAGCAAAACCUCCCGCCAGGUUCCUAAAUCAGCAAAGAAAGGUAAAUAUGUGGCUGCUGUCAAUGGAGAGAAAAUGCAGAUUGGGAUUGGCCGUAGUGGGGGCCAGCCCAACAGUACAUCCUCUAGUGGAAAGACACUGACUGAAUGUAUUCAACAUGGUGGUCCUGUUGCCCCUAUGAAGAUGCCAAGUCAGAAGGGACUUUCUGGAGACUGGGCUUUGGGAAAGGAAAGCAGGCCAGGCUGGAAUGACAUGAGUGUAGUCAAUAAUACCAAUAACCUUCUGGAUGAUGACCAACGGGAAUUUCAAGAACCUUCCUAUAUCUUGUCCAACAUUGCCUCUGGUAUGGCAGAUGUGCAGAGAUUCAUGAUGGCCUCCAUAGAGCCCCUUUGGGAACCCAUGGAGCAACAAGGGGAGUCCACCACAUUCUACUCCACUGAUUCCAAUAGCCUAAAAUUAAAAACCCUCAAAAUAUUAGCUGGGACACCACAAGAAUCUAAGAAAAAGGUUAAUAAUGGGUCAUCAGGAGCUACUAAGAAUCACAGGUCAAUCAAAGGUGUGAGCAAAAGCAAUGGGAAAGGAGCAAUUGCUGAUCCUGGUCGUGCAGAUAUGCCUGGUUAUAAUGAGGACUCUCAAUCUGCCUUCUUUGAUAAAAAGUACAGCAACAUGAGCACUUUAGGCAAUAACGGACCAACACACAAAAAAUUAUAUCGUCACAAAUCCAGCUCCAAGGCCCUGCGAGAUGAGAAAUACAAGGGAAAGCGUGUGGAACGAGAACAGGUCCACAAGGAUGAGGCUGGGACAGCUUCUUUUGAAAAACUGAGGUAAUACUGCACCAAAAUGGCUGAGAUGAGAUGCGCCCUUGGCUUUCCUACUACCUGCUGAGCCCAGAGUUCCUCAUUUUUUCCCUCUUGAAAGCAGAAGUUUGCAUGAGAGACUCUUUCCCAUUCUCUUCCUUUUUCAAAUUAAAAAGAAAAGAAAAAAGUGCAUGGAAAUCCCUGUGCCUUUUAAGCCACUCAAAAUAUCGGCAAUUUUGUUGUGGCUUGGCUAGGGAUAAGCUCUAACCAAGGCUACGUUUUUCUCCUAUUCUGCGUUAAAUUUUGCUUAUUAAGAAAAUAGAACUAAAAUAUGCUCUUGAAUGAUUUUUGGAAUGGAAGGGCUUUGCAAUAAAGACAGAAUCUGAACAACAUAAUCAAAAAGUCAUCUAGACAAAAAGCCAAGAUCAUUUAAACAAGAGCAUUAAUUGUCAACACAUGGCAAUUAGGAGUGCUUUAUCUUUCUGCAUCAUACACCAUCUAGUAUGGUGUCAAAAUAUUUACAUGGUGUGAUCCCUUCGUGGGACAUACACUAAAACUUGCUAAGAUGGUAUAAAUUCUUUGAUUUUUCUGCAGGGAUUCCAACUACAAUCUCCUAAAAGCAGAAACAGCAUUUGGGGUUUUACCUGUGUUUGAAGAAGAGACUCACAUUUUCCAGAAAGACAUUUGAUGUUUGUGUUUUCUUUCUUUCAAAAUAAGCUUUGUGGUAUGUAUGUUGACCUGUAAGUGCUUAAAGAAAAAAAAUUAAAUUGUGGGAAUAAGUCUUUGAAAUCAAACUUUAAUCUGAUGUUCUGUGUAAAAGACUUUAGAAGUCAUACAGUUGCACCAGUAGUUUAUGCACUGUUUGCCCACAAGGAAAAAUGGAAAACAUUGUGCCAAACUACAAAUAAGUAACUGUACUGUACAUAGUUUUACUUCUAUAUCAACAUUUGGUUGUGAGUAUUUGGGGGAACUUGUCCCUGUUAAUUUACUAGAAACAUUCCAGUGAUUCUUGCUAUUAACCACCCCCACUUUUGUGGAUAGCACCUGUAGAUCACAGUGGAAAAAUAUGUUGUGUUAUAAAAUUUACCAAAACAAAGGAAAAUGUUUGAAUUGUGCCAAAUUUUCUUACCUCAUCUCACACAUUUACCCCAUCAUCAGUUUAAAGCUCAUCAGUGAUUAUUAAAUAUAUAUAUACACACUCACACGUGUAUGCAAUAUACAUGUGUGUUUACAUACGUACACACAUCCACACAUACAUUCUUUUAAUGUUUUAAACUCUACUAUCCUGUGUGGAAACAUGAACAGUUAAGCAAGGCACAAUAAAGAUUUGUUUGUUCCAUCGACUAAGGAUUAAAAUGUUGGAAAAGCUUGAAGGUCACAACAGCUAAGUCCAUCAGGGACAGAGUAUGCACAUUUACAGAACCUUGUACAAGGAAAUAAAACAGCUGCUUUGAAAGUUUGUUUUCCAAAGCAAAAUCUGUAGCGGAAAGUAAUUUAAAGUGCAAAGUUAUAUUGCUGAUACUUUAUAUCUCAGUUUUAUAUAUUUUAUGAUAGCCUGGGAUAAAUUAUAAAAUAACUAUAAAAUUGACAUUGACACUAAUAAUAAAUGAAAUACAUAGAUUGCUUUUAUUUAAGUAGUUUCCUAAAUGUUUUAUUUCAGUUUUGUCAAAAGUGCACUCACAACAUGGCUUUAGUGUUCUUUAAAUGUUGAUCUUGCAAUGCCAAUGUCAUUUUUUAAAAUGGCAUCUCAGAUUGACAAAAUUUUCCUUCCUAUCAUUAAAUUUAUAUACUAUCAGGUAAGCUGAACAAUGUGUGGAAACAACUAAUUUAGGCCAUCUAUACAUAGUCUGAGGAUGACUACUCUUUGAUACCAUACAAUAAACGUAAAUCUCAAAUUUUAAUCAUUUUUAAAAUCACAUUUUUGGUUCAGCCCUCCCUUCCUCUACGUUUUAAAAAAACACUUUUUCACAGUUCCAGCAUUCCUCACUACUAGCCUUUUCUUCCCCUUUAUUCACCACUUGACUUCUAACAUUUGAUCUCUUUUCCUUGCACAGUUAAAGGCCUAUGUGCCUGAUGACUGAUGCAUUGUGGCACAGAUGAGAUAAUGGAUGUGAAAGCGCUUUGUAGAUCAUAAAGUGCUAUACCAAUAUAGGGGAUUAAUAUUAUUAAUGUUGGUUGUUGUUGUUGUUGUACUAUUCUUACUAAUAUUGUUACUAACCUAUUAACUUGUGAAUAUAGAGGCUGGGGUGGGAGGGAGGAGGAUAAGUGGGUGGGGGAAAGGGGAACUUAACAAAACAGGGAAGAUGUUUCAAAAGAAUUUUUUGAAUAAAAUAUGAACAACCUACCUAGUCAUUGACACAUAAAUAUAUUCACAAACAGAGAAGCAACGUUUUCAAGUAGUCAGAGAGAAAUGGAAGGGAGCUUAUUAUGUAUAUAAAUAUACACAUUUCCCAGUCCAUGAUUCCUUUCACCAGCUUACUCUACUCCUGACAGCUAGGUAGUAAGAUGAACAAGCCCCUGAUCUAGAGUGUGUGUGUUCAUAGCGUCAGUCUCUUUUGUCUGUGGGGAUGAGUGGGUGAGGAGAAGUCUGUGAGGAUAGUUCAGGCACAUUCCUGGGCUUUGACACUGUGCAGUGGGCCCUGGAAAAUUACUUAGUAGAAAGGCACCAGAUGAAACAAGUCUCCUGCCCUACAGCGGCCAUCCAAAAGAGAGAAUAAUCAAACUAGAACACUUUCUUCUGUUUCUUGAUACUCUGAUAGCUAGCUGUUUGCUAAAUGCUAUGAAUAUUUCCUAGGAACUGGUCUUUGUUUGGUUUUAGUUUUUGUUUGUCCUGUUUUGCAGC